GCUCACAGCAUCAAAGACUAAAGACAAAAAAAGCAAACAAAAAUAAAUCACCUUCACUGGCACCAAGAAAAAAGCAUCAUCAUAUUCAUAUAUCAUAUUCUUCACUCUCCGUUUUUCUCUCAGUGUUUAUCUCCCACAGCUUCAUCCUCAUGGAGAAUAUUGGUCAGGAAUACAAGCAUUACUGGGAGACCAACAUGUUCCUCCAAACCCAAGAGCUAGACAGUUGGGGAUUGGAUGAAGCUUUAUCUUACUAUGAUUCGAGUUCCCCUGAUGGCGCUGCUUCAUCUGCUGCAUCUAAGAACAUUGUUUCAGAGAGGAAUAGGAGGAAGAAGCUCAAUGAAAGACUCUUUGCACUUAGAUCAGUGGUCCCCAACAUUAGCAAGAUGGAUAAGGCUUCAAUUAUUAAGGAUGCAAUUGAGUACAUAGAGCACUUGCAUGAGCAAGAGAAGAUAAUCCAAGCUGAGAUAAUGGAGCUUGAAUCUGGGAUCCCAAAGAAUAUGAAUAAUCCAAGCUAUGACUUUGAUCAGGAGCUGCCUGUGUUGCUGAGGUCCAAGAAGAAGAGAACAGAGCAGCUAUAUGACUCUGUUCCUUCUAGAAAUACCCCAAUUGAAGUCCUUGAGCUCAGGGUUACAUACAUGGGAGAGAAAACUGUUGUUGUGAGCUUGACAUGCAGCAAAAGGACAGACACAAUGGUAAAAUUGUGUGAGGUGUUCGAAUCUUUGAAGCUGAAGAUAAUUACAGCUAAUAUCACCUCGUUUUCAGGCAGGCUUUUGAAGACAGUCUUCAUUGAGGCAAAUGAAGAAGAGAAAGAUCUUUUACAGAUAAAGAUCCAAACGGCCAUUGCAGCACUUAAUGAUCCUCUAAGCCCUAUGAGCAUCUAGUAAAAGGGACUGAAAAAUACUGUUUCUAUUUAGUGUCUCAUUCCAUGUCCUACCAAUUAAAUUACGACAUGGCAUCUUAAAGUCGCUCGUGCAAGGUUCAUAUUCAUGCCUACACGACACAAUUUUAUUGGGAGACAAGGAAAAUGACACCAAACGGAACAUAAGAUCUUCAUCCUAUUGAAAGAAGUUCAGGAAGAUUGGCUUUGUGGUCUUAAUGUGGGUUUGUGAUUUUGUGUCAUUAAGUCCUAUGUGUUUUUUUUUCUUCUCUUUUCUUCACAUCUCAAUGUUCUCAUCAUUUGUUACCAGGGGAAGUUUGCAAAUUCCCCUUGUUCAUCCCCAUGUGUUGUUAGAGUAUCCAAAUGUUAUGGCUAGAAAUCUAGAAUAAUAAAAGUGCAUUUCACA